AUGCGCAUGGAGCGACCGGACUUCGCACAUGUUGUGCACUCUUCCCGCAAGACUCGUGAUAAUUCUCGCUGGUCUGACCUGAGUCUGGGCCACCACUGCCGACAGAAGACGAUUAUUACGAUUCAAGCAGAUUAUGUCCGCCGAACCCUAUUCCUUCCACAAGGACACAUGCCCAUGGUCAGGUCCAAGCUUACUUUGUCGAUCAAGGGGGAAGACACCCGCGUCACGAACGGGUCGCCUGCUCCCUGUGAGAUGGAUUUGCCAGUUGUAAUGCUGAAUAUUGUCAGUGACAAAUGA